UAUAUUAAUACGCAUAGAGCGCGCAUAGGAACGGCAAUGCAAUUUUACGUAUAAAUAAGUUGCAGAUCGAAUGAAGAGUUUCAUACAUAUAUACUCAAUAGCUAUAUACAUACCUUCUUCAAUUCUCUCCAUCUCAAUUCAAAUCUAAUUUUGAAUUCUCUCAUCUCAUCUCAUCUCCAAUGGAAGAUGCUAAUAUUGAACUGGUUUUCGUUCCAGCCCCUUCAAUAGGUCACUUUGUUUCUGCAGUGGGAACCGCGAAGCUCCUCCUGCAAAGACGACCUCAGCUCUGCAUCACUGUAUUGAUCAUGAAAAUGCCUCUCUCUCCCGAUGCCAAGAUUAAUUCUUACAUCGAUUCUUUGAUUGCCGAUGAGAAGGAUAUGAACCCUAGAUUGAAGCUCAUACUACUGCCUGAGGACUUGGAUGCUUUGAAGGGCCACACCGACCGGAUUUCAUUCUUCCAUGCCUUCCUCGAUUCUCAGAAGACUAGAGUCAGAGACUACUGCGUUAAUGAAUUCCACAAGUCUUCUUCGGCUAGGCGGCUAGCGGGAUUUGUUGUGGACGUUUUCUGUACCGAUUUGAUAAUGGAUGUGGGUGAGGAGUUUGGGGUUCCCACUUACGUGUUCUACGCUCUGGGUGCUGCUAUGCUCGGCCUUCACCUCCAUUUCCGCAGCCUCACAGAUGACCAUGGUAUAGAUGCCUCCGGCUUUAAGGAUUCCGACCCUGAUCUCAAUAUCCCUACAUAUUUCAAACCUUUUCCGGUCAAAUUACUCCCCAACCUUCCCUUCUUUGACUUGAGCACACGAAUCCGAGAGGUCAAAGGCAUCAUCGUCAACACUUUCUUUGACCUAGAGCCGCAUGCCAUUGAAUCUCUCUCCAACCACAACAGCUUCCCACCUGUCUACUCUGUGGGACCCAUAUUAAACUUAAACCCCCCUCAUAAGAAGAAGAAGAAUAAUCAAGAAUCGGAGGAGAAGCAAAUCUUCAAAUGGUUGGAUGACCAACCAGCUUCAUCAGUUGUAUUCCUUUGCUUUGGAAGCGGAGGUACUUUUCCUGAGCCUCAAGUGAAAGAGAUAGCAUAUGCACUUGAACGUAGCGGCCAGCGGUUCUUAUGGGCCUUGAGGAAGCCACCCUAUCCAGGUUCAGUACUCCCCACCGAGUAUAGCAAUCCGGAGGAAGUCCUGCCAAAAGGAUUCUUGGAAAGAACUAAAAGCAUCGGAAAAAUUAUAGGGUGGGCACCACAAAGUGCAGUUCUAGCUCACCCUGCUGUUGGGGGUUUCGUAUCUCAUUGUGGAUGGAAUUCAACUUUGGAGAGUGUUUGGUUUGGAGUUCCGAUUGCAACUUGGCCAAUGUCGGUAGAUCAACAAGCAAAUGCGUUUCAAUUGGUGAGAGAGAUAGGAACCGCUGUGGACAUUAAGAUGGAUUAUAGAGUAGAUUCAAGAAAUCCGAAGAUUAAUAGUCCAAUAGUUCCUGAAAUUGUGAGUGCAAAAGAGAUAGAAAUUGGAAUCACAAGUCUUAUGAAUCAGUACUCUACUCCCACUUCUGUAAGGACAAAGGCUAAAGAAGUUCAAGAAAAAAGUAGGAAGGCACUAGAGGAGGGUGGCUCAUCCUUUAAUUUUAUUGAAAGUUUUUUUGAAAAUGUCAUGAACAAUCUCAAAUAA